AUGCCUUUUUUAAAUAAUGUGUUAAAUGUAAAAGAAUUAGUUUAUAAGCUGAACAGUACGAAUUUUUUAUGUACAUGGAAAACUUGCAAACUGCACAUAGAAUGUGUCCAACACACAUAUAUUGAAUGUAAUAAUGUGAAAAAAACUUAUAUUAAUAGCUUGCUUAAAAGAACACAUAGAAAAAGGUUAUUGCUAUUUUCGAAAGGUGAAAAAUAUGUGUUCGCUGUAAAGGGGAAAAAAAUGCACAAUGCGAAAUCGAGGAAAAGGAAAAACAAAUUUGCAUCUAAAUGGAGAAACAAAUACCUUUUGCAUAAGGUUCAUAUCGAUUUAUUAAAUGAGGAAUUAAAAAAUGUUGAAAAAAAAAUUAAUGGAAAAUGUAUGGACAAAAUUACAGAUAAGGAAAUUUCCGUAGCACAUUUUAAAUACCCAAGUCAAAAAUUAUAUAAAGCAAGUGAGGAAGAAAUAAAUUUAAUUAAUAAAAGUGAAAGACAAUAUUAUUUACCCUUAGAAUGUGAGAAUAGCACUAUUAUAAGAUUAAUCAACAUAAAGAAUAAAGUAUCAUCGCCAAUUUUUCGAUGUGUUCGUAAUAGCAGAUUUGGAUUGAGAAAAAAUGAAAGAAUUUUUUUCUUCUUUUACUCAUCCCUUAUUUGUUCCUUCUGUUUUUUAAUGGGUUUGUGGCAGUAUAAAAAAGUGGGGAAAAAGAAGUUUCUAAUUGAUUACAUUUUGCACAAUUUAAAUAAACCAAUUAUAGGACUUGGUGAUUCAAACUUUCCAUGGUAUGAUGAUUUUUCAACUUUGAAAAAGAAUUCCAAAAAUUUCAAUCAAAAUUUAGUACAAUACGAAAACGAAAAUGAUUUUCUUAGAAGUGUCAAUGUAUUAAAUGCAUUUUUCAGAGUGCUAUCGUUUUAUGAACAAAUUAAAGUUUUCCAUAACCAAAUUUUUAGAAAAAUGGAUAAAUUAAACCAUAAUAGUGAAAGCGAAAUAGAUAUGAGAGAAAUACAUGUACAGAAUGACGAUGUGAGAAUAUCAAAUAGUGAUAUUAGAAAUGAAGAAAGAAACAAAUUAACCAUCGAUUUGGAAAAUGUUCAUAAUGUACACGAAUGGAUGAGUAGAAUAAGAAACGAAAAUUUUGCAAUUUCUUUUUGGAGAAAAUUUUUUAAAAAAGAUGUAACAGAAGACGAACUGAAAAAAAUUGUAAUCGAAAAGUAUAAAUAUAGGAGAGUUCAAUUAACUGGAGUACUGGACACCACUAACGAAUUUUAUGUGGGGCCCAAAUUACAGGAGCAGAGUAAAAAAAAAAAUUAUUAUUAUGUAAUUUGUCCUAUAUUUUUAAAGAAUGGCAAAUGUAUAUUAGUAAAUAGAGGAUUAAUUUCUGAAGAAAUAUUAGUAGAGAAAAAGAAAGAAAUGCCCAAAGUAGUGACAAUUAGGGGUGUAUUGGAUCCUGGUGAAUUAUAUGAAAGCUCCUUUAAAAAAAUUAAGAAUUUUUCGAACAAAAAUGUGUACAGUAAUUAUCUCUAUUAUUACAAUGUUGAAGAAAUUUGUCACCAUGCAAAUAUUUCACAUUUCAAAGGAUCCACUUUUUUUAUUGCCAAUAUAUAUGAUAUAAUAGUUCAUGAAGAUUAUAAUAAUGAUAUAAUAAAGGACCAUUAUUCGAAUUGGAAUAAGGAUGGUACCAAUUUACUAGAUUCACAUAUGUGCAAGUUAAAUGGUAUUACAAUAAAUGAUAUGGAUCGGGAAAGUCAAGAAAGGAUAAAACGCUUGUUGAAAGUAGGUGAUAACUGCAAAAGCGGCAUAAAUAAUAGGAAUGAAACAUAUUCAUCUGUUCAGAAUGGAAAACCAUUUCGAUAUGAUGAACAUUUUAUACAUAAAAAGAAAAGGGAGUAUUACAAGUUUUAUGCAGAUGAGACAACUCAUUUUAAUUAUGCUUGUCAGUGGUUUCUUUUUUCUUUUGUCUUUUCAACUAUCUCCGUAUUUAAGUUUUUACAGUUUAAGAAAUGGGUUUUUUGA